AUGAUCUCUGGGCGAGGGGGCUCGGGUGCCCGUGGUGGCCGCAUCCGACCACCUCGUCGCUUCGUACGCAGGCUGCAGUCCAACGGAGAGGGUGCCGAUUUCGAGGCUUGCUGGCACAUGCUCGAAGAAGCCCUCCGCGACAUCCACAACAAGAGCUGCGGCCGACUUUCCUUCGAGGAGCUCUACAGAGCUGCAUACAAGAUUGUCAUCAAGAAACAGGGCGGCGCUCUCUACGACCGAAUCGAGGUCUUGGUUACCAAGAGCCUCAUCAACAUCGGCGUCGACAAAUCCUCAAGCUCCGUCAACGAGCGACGGCAAACGGGGGAAAAGUUCAUCAAGGGCAUUAGAGACACUUGGGAAGACCACAACAUGUCGAUGAACAUGAUGGCUGAUAUCCUCAUGUAUCUCGACCGAGGCUACACCCAGCAGGAGCCAAACCGCGUGCCCAUCUUCGCCACCACCAUUGCCCUUUUCCGCGACCACAUCCUGCGUUCAUGCCUCAACGCAAACACCAGUCAGCUAGUCAUCGACAUCCUCAUCUUGGUCAUGCUCGAUCAGAUUGACAUGGAGAGAGAGGGCGACGUCAUUGACAGGAACCUCAUCCGGAGCUGCAGUCGAAUGCUCAACUGUCUCUACGAGACCGAGGACGAAAGCGAGAGCAAGACGCUCUACUUUACCAUUUUCCAAAGUCGCUUCCUCGACAACAGCCUCGAGUUUUACGCAAAGGAGUGCCAGCGACUGUUGAGAGACGCCGACGCCAGCACCUGGCUGAGGCACACUCAGCGGCGCCUCGGCGAGGAGGUCGACCGAUGCGGGACGACGAUUGAGCUGGAGUCGCUUCCCAGCAUUCUGGCCGUCAUUGACCAGGCACUGAUCAGCGCCCACUUGCAAGAUUUUCUGCUGAUGGAGGGAAGCGGGCUCAAAUGGAUGGUUGAUAAUGACAAGAUCGAAGACUUGUCCAUCCUCUACAAACUCAUCACCAGAGUGGACGGAAAUAAGACGGCUCUGCGGGAGAUUCUUCAGCGGCGAGUCGUCGAACUUGGCAUCGAAAUCGAAAAUGCACUCAAGGACACGGACUUCUCUCCGGCCCAAGGCGACGGAGACGAUGCCGGCGAGGGAGAAAAGACCAAGACGCUGAACCCCGCGGCGCAGCAAACUGCAGCGGCCAUCAAAUGGGUCGACGACGUGCUGCGCCUCAAGGACAAGUUCGACACUCUGCUGAGCCAAUGUUUCCAGGACGAUCUGGUCAUCCAGACGGCGCUGACCAAGAGCUUCGCCGACUUUAUCAACUUGUUCGGCCGCAGUUCUGAGUACGUCUCUCUCUACAUUGACGACAAUCUCAAGCGAGGCAUCAGGGGCAAGACGGAGGCGGAAGCCGACGCUGUGUUGGAGAAGGCCAUUGUCCUCAUCCGGUACCUGCAGGACAGAGACCUGUUCCAGACGUACUACCAGCGUCAUCUCGCGCGGCGCCUGCUGCAUGGCAAAUCCGAGAGCCACGAUGUGGAGAAGCAGAUCAUCUCUCGGAUGAAGCAGGAGCUGGGCCAGCAGUUCACGAGCAAGUUUGAGGGCAUGUUUCGAGACUUGGUCACGUCGACGGAGCUCACGUCGAGGUACCGGGCUCAUAUCAACACCGUGGGCGACGGCAGCAAGACAAUCGACCUGCACAUCAGCGUCCUCACCACAAACUACUGGCCGCAAGAGGUCAUGGGCCGCCAGGCUUUGAUCGGGGACGGAUCCCGGGUGGUGUGCAACUACCCGCACGAGGUGAAGCGACUGCAGGCGAGCUUUGAGCAGUUCUACCUGGCCACCCGCAACGGACGCAAGUUGACGUGGGUCGGGUCGACGGGAAGCGCCGACAUUCGAUGCACGUUCCCGGCCAUUCCCGGCAAGUCGGGUGCGCUGGCUCGGGAACGGCGGUAUGAGAUGAAUGUGCCGACGUUUGCCAUGGCUGUGCUGCUGCUGUUCAACGAUUUAGGGGACAGCGAGAGCCUGUCGUUUGAGGAGAUUCAGGCCAAGACGGGCAUCUCGACGCAGGACCUGAUGAGAACACUGACGGCGAUUGCUGUUGCGCCCAAGUCGCGCGUGCUGUCCAAGGAGCCGCCGACCAAGUCGAUCAAGACGGGUGACAAGUUUUGCUUCAACGCAUCCUUUCAGAGCAAGGCGGUGCGAAUCAAGGCGCCCAUAAUCAAUGCCGUUUCCAAGGUGGAGGACACGCAGGAGCGGAAGACGACGGAGGAGAAGAACACGCAGACUCGAGCCCACAUUAUAGACGCGGCCAUUGUGAGGAUUAUGAAGUCCCGAAAGGAGCUCAGCCAUUCGCAGCUCGUCAGCGAGGUUCUCGGCCAGCUCUCGGGGCGCUUCAAACCCGAGGUGUCGCUCAUCAAGAAACGGAUCGAGGACCUCAUUGUGCGAGAGUACCUGGAGCGGCCGGAGGACGAAGACGCACCAUCGACGUACCGGUACGUGGCCUGA